GUGUGAUGAUAGGACUGGGUUUAUAGUGUUCAUGAUCACUGUGGCGAUAGUGGCAGGGUAUCUUGAUAGGAAUUCAGAGGCUGAUGAGGGGUCUGUGCUGUAUUCGCCAUAUGCGCAGCCGAUUUAUAUAGGGAUUUUGUGCAUGUAUCUUGUGCUGCCGAGGGUUAUAUUGAAGAAAAUGGUGGUGAUUAUGAUAAUAUGAGUUUAUCUAUUGAGUUUAGCGACUGUUUUGAAUACAGCGACGUAUGAUCAAAUUGAUUCUGACUCUGGAGUUAUGGCGUAUGUAGUAUUCUGGGGAAUCCAGUUCCUAAGUGUUGUAGCAAUCAUAGUUUUCUUUGUGAUUGCUUGCCGAGAAUGUCAAGGUAAUGUCAAUGAAGAGAUAGUACAAGCAAAUUCAGAUGCAAGGGAUCUUUUCAAUAAAAUUCCAUGUGUUAUCUACCAACCUUUUAUGAAGAUGAAGGCCAAGGAAUGAGCAAUCUGUUUAUCAAAUUAUGAACAAGAUGAGACAAUUAAAAUAAUACCUGGAUGAUAUCAUACUUUCCAUUCUGAAUGCAUUCGAGUCUGGUUUGAAGCUAACUCUACGUGUCCUUUUUGUAGAAGAGAUAUCACUAGAGAGCAGAUUGAAGAAUUCGAGAGGAUCCCUGAGGAAGAAAUUUGCAAGUCUAUCCAAGCAAAGGACAUCAGAGCUCCUGUAGGAAGAGCAUUGCAACCAAUCUCUCCAAAAGAAUAAUGCUAAUAGGGCUGUAUUUAAUUCAUAAAGAAAAAAUAUUCAAU